AUGGAACUCAACCGAGAACAUUUUCGCACCAUAAUUUAUUACAACUUUCCGAGACAAUUAUCGCAACAAGAAUGCCUUGCUGAGUUACUGUCUGUUUUCGGAAACGAAGCGCCACAUCAGUCGACAAUUUCCCGUUGGUACGGAGAAUUCAAACGUGGACAGGUGAGUCUUAGCGACGAUCCCAGGGAAAACGUCGAUGCUGUGCACAAACUCAUCAUUGAAGAUAGACAUGCGUCCUUAAAGAUCUCAAUUCAAAAAAUUUUACAUGUAGAAUUAGGAGUAAGAAAAUUAGUUUCUCCCAUGGUUAAUUGGUCUCAAAAAACGCUUGACCGUUUCAAUUCCGGAAACUCAAAAAAUGUGUACAGCAUUGUUAGUGGUGAUGAAUCGUGGAUUUACUGUGAAGAAAAGCCAACACAAAUGGUCGCGACAUUUGUGUCAAAAGCGGGUCAUAUUGCAACAAUUCUUUUUAAUGAGCAAAGAACUGUUACUGCGGAUUGGUAUACCACCAUUUAUUUGCCAAAAAUCCACUCCGAAAGAAGAAUCAUCCUCCACCAAGACAAUGCAAGCUCGAACACACCCCAAAAAACAUGGCAGUAUUUAACGGAAGAAAACGUGGACUUAUUGGACCAUCCUCCAUAUAGUCCCGAUCUAAGUCCUAACGAUUUCUUUACUUUCCCGAAAAUUGAAAACAUACUGCGUGGUCAAAUGUUCCAGUCAUCAGAAGAAGCAGCUGACGCAUUCAAAAAUGCCGUUUUGGAUCUGCCAGCAAACGAGUGGAAUAAGUGCUUCGAAAAUUGGAUCGAGCGCAUACAGAUGUGUAUUAAUCUUCGUGAAGAAUACUUAGAAAAACGAUAA